GACCCGGGGGAAGCCGGGCCCGGUCGGGGCGGUGCCGGGCCCUGUCCCGGCCCUUGUCCUGGUCCUUAAAGCGGCGCUGGGCCGGGCCGGCGGGGAAAGCAGCAGGGGCUCGGCCCGGUGCCCGCCCGGCCAGCAGGUGCAACCAUGCAAGAAGGCAUACGUUUUGCAUCAUCAGGAGAUGACAUUAAAAUAUGGGAUUCCUCAUCGCUGACUGUGGUGGAGCAGUUCAACCCACAUACACCUUCGCAUCCAGUCAGCUCACUAUGCUGGGCCAGCAAUAACAGAUACCUGGCCACUGCUUCUGCUGCUGGUGAUAAAAUAGUUGUUUCAACCUGUAAAAGCAAACCUGUUCCACUCUUUGAAAUAGCUGAAGGAGCAAAACAGACAUGUGUGAGCUUGAAUUCUAGUUCUUCAUAUAUCGUGAGUGGAGGCCUUGAUAGCACAGUCAAUAUCUGGGAUUUGAAAUCCAGAAAGAUUUAUCGCAGCCUUAAGGAUCAUAAAGAUGAAGUCACAUGCAUUGCAUAUAAUUGGAAUGAUGGCUACAUUGCUUCUGGAUCUUUGAGUGGUGAAAUUAUCCUACACAGUGUUACCACCAAUUUAUCAAGUACUCCCUUUGGUUAUGGCACCCGACAGCCUAUUCGACACUUGAAAUAUUCAUCCUUUAAGAAAUCCUUGCUGGGCAGCGUUUCUGACAGUGGAAAUGUAACUCUGUGGGAUGUAAAUAGCCAGAACCCAUAUCAUAAUUUUGAAAAUACUCAUAAAGCACCAGCCUCAGAAAUCUGCUUUUCUCCAGUCAAUAAGCUGCUGCUUGUAACUGUAGGUUUGGAUAAAAGAGUUAUUCUCUAUGACACUUUAAGUAAAAAGUUACUGACAACAAUAGUAGCUGAUUUUCCUCUGACAACAGUAGACUUCAUGCCUGAUGGUACUACUUUGGCUAUAGGAUGUUCCCGGGGAAAAAUCUGCCAGUAUGACUUAAGACAACUGACAUCACCAGUGAAAACAGUUAUUGCUCACAAAGGCUGUGUGAAAUGCAUACGUCUUCAGUUCAGUAGCACUUUUUUCAAGUCUAACCUUACAGGUUCUUCAAAUAAACCUGUAUCUAAAAGAGUAGAAGUCAAAGCUGGUAGUAAUCUUGGAGGAAUUCAAAAUACUGGCAUCAAAAACAUUGCCUCUCAGACAUCAGCAACAGUUUCCUCUCAUCUUAUGUUGCCAAAUGAGAAUAAGGGAGGAGAGAUUCUUCAGGAGAAAACAGGUUUACCCCAUAGUUGCAGCUUGGAUGUCAUUCCAUCUAAAGAAACAGAUCAUGGGAAAAGUGCUGAAUUAAAUAGUUUUGAUCAUUUGGGUCGAGGUAGUUUAGGAGAUGUGUUUUCUCCGGUCAGAGAUGAUAUUAUUACAAAUAAAGGGACUGAAGAUCUUCAAGGAAAAGGAAAUGGUCUGGAUUUUCAGUCCUACCUUGCGGGUUUGGAUUUUCUCCCACAGCUCACUGCUGCCUUUCCAGUAAAAAGAAACCCCGUGGGCAGUAGUGCACAAGGGGUACAAUCUAGCCCAAUACAUGCACUUGUGGGGUCUCCAAUUAAAGAAGAAGAAGAACAUCCAGAGACUGACAUUAAGAAAAUAAGUCUUGGAAAACAAGAAAAUAAAGAAGUCUUAAAGCAGGUUUCAAAAUCAAGCUCAUCAAACAUAGAAUCUAUAACUUUAAGUUCUCCAUCAUCAUCCACUCCUGAUACAAAUGAGAGACUAAUGAAGAAUAUUCAGGCCCAUCCUGCGUAUGAUCUACCAGUAAAUGGUACUACCUCAACAAGUCCAAAGAUAACAUCACCUGUCACUGCUGGAGUUGCAAGUUCAUUGUCAGAAAAAAUAGUAGAAACCAUUGGGAGUAGCAGACCAAAUGCACCUCUGACAUCAAUGCAAAUAAACUUCAUUCAGAAUAUGAUACAAGAAACAAUGGAUGACUUCAGAGAAGCAUGCCAUCGAGAUAUUGUGAAUUUGCAAGUGGAGAUGAUCAAACAAUUCCAUAUGCAGUUGAAUGAAAUGCAUGCUCUACUUGAAAGGUACUCUGUAAAUGAAAGCUUAAUAGCUGAAAUUGAGAGACUACGAGAGGAAAACAAAAGACUGAGGACUCACUUCUGAUUUAUAUUGCUAAUUUUAUUAGCAUGAACUCACUACAGGUGGUGUGUUGCCUAUGACAGAUCGUCCAUCAUCACUGAAGUAUUGUUUCAAGACCUGCUAUUAUUUUGAACAUAAAUCUGUUCUUCUAACUAAUUGGUGUAAGAUACUAUAUGUAAUUAUAAAGUUUGUAACAGAUAGACACUGUAUAAAGAACAUUUGCAUACUCAUGCUAACCACCUUGAAAUACAGCCUUCUAACAGAAAAACUAAAAAGACAAGUAUGUUAUCUGAGUUUUAGCAAUACGUGAAGUGCCUUUUCAUAAACAAAAUCAAACCAGGACAGAUCUCUUUUCUGUAAGAACAUUUUUAUAUACUUACUUUUCUGUCUGCUUCUUUAUUCUACUGCUGUCAGAAACAAUCACUGCAGCUUGCCUUUCAGAUACUUCUCUUUAUGAAAAAGAGGAGAGAAAGCUCCUCUUCUGCUCAACAUGGAGCCUUGUUUACAAGCAGCUGGAAAGUAGUCAGUUAAAUUUAUUCAACUGGCAACUCUUCUGUCCUGAAUUGAGAGCUUGAAAAUAUUCUCAAAUUUGGUGCCACGAUCUUCCUUAUUGAAUUUUUAAGUCUGAAAUUUAUGUUUGUCUGCUGUAAACUUUGUUGUUGCAAAUGCUACUUCAACUGCACAAGUUGGUUUUUUUUUUUACUACUUUAGUUAUGAAACUAGAAUUCUUUUUAUUUACAUGUAUUUGAAUAUUUUCAUAGCUUGUCCAAUUUGAAUUCAACUUUAGACUUCAAAAUGUAAGUAUGCACAGCCAUUAAUAAUACAGCAAUGUGUAAACAAGGUCUUUCCAGUCUUUGACUCGAGCAUCUUGUGCCCACCCUCCCCUCCCUAUUUGUAGUGAACAACACUUAAUAUUGAGCAGUUGUGUUGUAGUUUCGAAUCUUGUUGACUUAGCAUUAUUGUAGCCUUUUUAAGAUAGCUGCAUACCAAAUCUAACUAUUAUCUUGUAUGGCUGACAUAACAAACAUUAAAGACAGAUGAUUACUUCAGUAGCAUAAUAGUAUCAUACUGGUGUGUAAACAUUUCUGAAAUGAGGCUCAGUAUGAAGUCCUGACUGUUGAAGUGUGUGGGAUGUUUGGCCUGGCCUUUAUGUGUGCCAAGAAGAUUAAAUUAAAACUUCAAUUUUAAAUUACUUUAAAAAUGAAGUGAAAAUUUUAAAAUAAAUUAAAAUAUUCUCUGAAUGAUUUCUUCUACAAGUGCUUCUUGCUAUUUAAAUUGUUUGGGAAGAUUCUUAAUUUUCCCUCUGAUAUUUGGUUGUUUCUUUUCAUAAAUUGAAAACUCAAAGAAGGAAAGUCUGAAGAACACGGCAAGUUAAUUAGUUACAACAUCUAGUGUUUAAAUCCAUGAUAACACUCUUCUACUAAAUGAGUAGAUAAUGAAAGCCAUAAUAUAUAGUGUAACUUAUUUUUGUAUGUUGCAAAACUAAAAAAAAAACCCAAACCCAUCUAUAACUUGUCCUUAACUUUUACUUUGAAAAGAGACUUCCUUUUUUUAAUGUCAGUUAAUGACAAAUACAAUCUUUUGGCAAAAUGCAGGUGUUCAAGUAGCCUUUAAUGUUAGAGACAUGACUUUAAAUGUCUGUAGUUCUACUGCUUUUAUAAGCUUUUGAAGAUAUUUCUAUAUCACGUAUAACCUCAUAGUGAAAGGAAGCAAAGAUAGUUGGGCUGUUUUUACUAACUUAAUUCUCUACACUGUGUGUUAAGUUAAUAGGAUGUGUAAACUUGACACAUAGACCAAACAGUUUGUGAAGAUAGUAGUAGUUGAAGGUAGCAAAAAUAUCUUGGCAUUCUUCGACAUGCUUUCCAGUGUUAAAGAAGUAACCUUGUGUAUUUGCGUCUCUUGAUUUGUUCCCCAAGUGCUCUUGCUAGUGUAUCCAGAUGAAAGCAGGGAAUUAGACAAAUCUUGGGUAUUUUGCUUGUAGAUUAUUUGUUUUCUUGACUCAGAACUCUAUAAUCUUUUUUCUUAAUUCCCAAAUGAAGGUGACUAUAGCAAGAGUGACUAAAAGGAGGUAUUUUUGCCUUUUAAAAAAUAUUUUUAGGGCUUUUUUCCAUAUCUCAGGAUUACUAUAGCACAACUGGCUACACAUGCUGUGUGGAGACCCAAUAUGCCUAUCACUACAGAGGUAUGUUUUUGCCUUGUACACGAUCUGAUUUGUAUGUUAAAAUAAAGCUUAUUUUAACCUUUUUGAAGAAAAAAAAUGCUAUGUUGACUUGCUUAUUAAAGAGAAUAAUAUGUGUUGUAA